AUGUCGGCCACCUUCAGUGCUGUCAUCCUGGAUUCAGCUUCAGUUUCUCAGAUCGGAAGAUAUCAGAAAAACCCUCAUGUAAAGACCCCGUGUGGACUCCAGAAACUAGAGAUGACUUCUCGCAUUACUGAAACAUCCUUGAACAGAACAACCAACAUUCCUGAAUUUAUCAUCCAAGGCUUUGCAUAUUUUCCAGAUAAGUAUGAUGGAAUUUUGGGAACCUGUUUCUUCUGCCUCUACCUGAUGCUGGCAUUCGGGAACAUUUUUAUCAUUCUGUUUGUUACAUAUGAAAAAUGUCUCCAAAGACCAACAUACAUCAUUUUUUGUAACCUGGCAGCAUCGGACCUUGGAUUCGGGACCACAACUCUUCCCACAAUCAUUGGCAGAUACUGGACGUCACAAGCAAUCAUAUCAUUUAACGGCUGCAUGACACAAAUGUUUUUUGUUCAUUUUCUUGGGUCUGCCACCUCGUUUCUACUGGGAUUAAUGGCCCUUGAUCGGUUUGUUGCCAUAUGUAAUCCACUCAGAUAUCCAACACUGAUAAAAAAUUCCACUAUUGCAAAUUUGAGUUUAGUGAGUUGGAUAAUAAAUCUGUUGGUAAUGGCUGGACUGACAGCACAUCUCCUUACAGCUACAUACUGUGGACCAAAUGUUAUAGCUCAGUGCUACUGUGACCAUAUCUCCCUAAGAAGACUGGCAUGCGGUGACAUUUCAAGCAUUAAAGCCACUAUUACUCCUGUUGCAUUGACGAUACUCUGGGGUCCUUUCUGUUUUAUUAUCUUUUCUUAUGUGGCGAUCAUUUAUUCUGUCAUGCAGAUCUCAAGUAAAGAGGCCCGUUACAAAACAUUUAUAACAUGCACUCCUCAGCUGGUAAUUAUCUGCCUGUACUAUUUACCAAGGACUGUUGUGUAUUUGUCACAAUAUUUAGGCUUUUAUUUUAAUAAUGAAAGUCGCAUAUUAAUAACAUUGAUAUACAGUCUAUUCCCUGCUCUUAUGAACCCCUUUAUUUACUGCUUCAGGACGAAAGAAAUUAAAGAAAGAUUAAUGAUGAGAUUAAAACAAAGGCGGGUGAUAGGAAAUGUGAAAAAUGUUGCAGAGAAAAUCUGA